AUGCUGUCGGCCAUCUUCCACAAGAUACAAGCGAGGCCUUCCCCUCCAGUCCGCCCUCUGACGGGUUUCGGCAUGACCACGCCUGCCACCGUGGGCGGAAAGGCCUUCCUCAUCGCCUACGGGCUGUUUGGCUGCGCCGGGACUAUCUUGUUCUUCAACCUCUUCCUGGAGCGCAUCAUCUCGCUGCUGGCCUUUGUGAUGCGCGCGUGCCGGGAGCGUCUGCGCCCAGAGGCCGACGGGCUGGCGGGCUGGAAACCCUCGGUGUACCACGUGCUGCUCAUCUUGGGGCUCUUCGCCGUGCUGCUGUCCUGCUGCGCCUCGGCCAUGUACGCCAGCGUGGAGGGCUGGGGCUACGUGGACUCGCUUUACUUCUGCUUCGUCACCUUCAGCACGAUCGGCUUCGGGGACUUGGUGAGCAGCCAGCGCGCCGCCUACCGCAACCAGGGCCUCUACCGCCUAGGCAACUUCCUCUUCAUCCUGCUAGGCGUGUGCUGCAUCUACUCUCUCUUCAACGUCGUCUCCAUCCUCAUCAAGCAGGUGCUCAACUGGAUGCUGCGCAAACUGAGCUGCGCCUGCUGCGCGCGCUGCUGCCCGGCGCCCGGAGCGCCCUUGGCCCGGCGCAACGCCAUCACUUUACAGCAGGAAAAUGAGCCGGAGUCUCAAGCACUCUCAAGCUACUUGCGGGAUACAGACUCGGCUGUGCUGAUGGAGACCCAGCAGGUACCUGGCCACUUGUCUUUUAUGGCCCCAGCAGCCCUCAUGGUGUUGCCAGUGUCCAUGGCCCAAGAGACUGCACCAUCAGCAUCCACAUUUAGGCAAAGGAAUGGAAAAGGGAAGAUUGGCUACAUCCCGUCCUUCCAAGGGAAUGACUCCAGAAUUCUACACGUCACCUGUUCUCCCUUCCCAGUGGCUGUGCUGUGUCAAAUGGCCUGCUAUAGUAACACGGGGACCUGA